AUGGCUACGCCCAAUUCUGCCCCUGCUGGGGAGGGAACCGAGGGCGGUAGAGCGAGCUUCGUGCCUUUAGUAACAGUUGUGGAUUUUCACCAUCACAGAGGCCCUGAAGUUGAGAGAUGGUUUGGUGUAGAAGAAGGACAAGACCCAGCAGUCGAAUAUGACUGGCCAUUGCUCCCGUUUAUGGCUUUGAGUGACGGAGCCCAUGCAUCGACCGAAGACUUCUCGUAUUUCACUCUUUUACGACCGGCUAAAGACGACUCUCCUGCGACAUCGCUCUUCGGAAUAGCAUGUACAAGACAAUUGGACGCCUCGCAAUUGCUAGUUCGGCCCUCCGACGUGACGCGCUCAACGGUGCAGAAGGCAGUCGUAGUAAUAGCAGAUAGCCCACAGUUCUUUGGCAUGCUGAGGGAACGAUUAUCUGUUGUUACCAGUGCGUGGUUUGCCCAGCGCGAGUUCAGUGAUACCGAGAUCCUGCGAAGGUUCCAGGAGAGCCUUGCCGAGGAGAAGGCGCGCGGCCAGAUGAAUGAGGAGGUAGACAGGGAUCAAUACCUAGGCAUGAGCCUCCGAGAACUCGUGAGGGAAUUCCGCUGGCAGACUUUAGUGCUCUUAAAGUGCUGCCUCUUGCAGCCGAAGAUGCUCUUCUUCGGCUCGCGAUGUGAGCGCCUGUGCAUGAUGCAGUUCUCCCUCAUCUCUUUAAUACCCGGAUUGCUUAGGAAUCUCCAAGAUUGUGCAGGGCCGGAGCUGAAUAACUAUGAGAAGAAUUUGACUCAGCCGACGAGUUUGAGAACUAGUGAUCGAAACUCGUUGCUCUCAUACAUGGGACUUCCAUUACAAAUAUUUGGCAAGGGGAGCCUAUUCGGGCCGUAUACGCCUUUACAGCAAUUGGAUAUCCUUGCAGACUUCGGCACGAAAUCAUAUAUAGUUGGCAGUACGAACUCAUUACUAUUACAACAAAGAGACCGGUAUAGCGACAUACUAAUCAACCUCGACGAAAGUACGAUCAAUAUUACUUCUACAUCACUUCGCACCGCAUUAGUACUCUCCCAUUCAGACAGACGAUGGAUCGAUUUUAUUACACAAGAGGUAAAUGACACAUGGGACGAAUCCAAUCCAGGCCGGCCGAAAACGAUGGGGUACCGUGGUAGCGAGGAAUUCAUCCGUCUUCAGUUUGAAGAAUAUCUUCUAUCUCUCAUUUCUUCCGUCAAAUAUCAUAAUUACCUCGCUAAAAAUGCACACAAUCCUAAAGCAACCCUCCCACAUAUCGAAGGAGACCCCUCUAUAGACUUUGGUAAUGAAUGGGUGGAAUACUGGAUGAGAACCGAAAACUACCGGAUAUGGGAGUCGCAUACGGACUCGCAUCUAUUUGACAUUGUAGAACCGAGGCAUCCUUGCGCUGGCGGACUUUCAAUUGAUGAUGUCCAACGACGGAUUCAGCAGCAGGUGCAAGAUUUACAUCUAGAUGAAAGAUUUGCAAUUGGCCGGGAAGUACUUGGCAGGAAUCUAGCAGCGGGACGCGAUAAAGCAAGUACCGUGUUCAACAAGCUAUAUGCCGAUAUGGAAGCCCUCCGUGAGGCGCAAAGGAAGCGUGCUGAAGAAUCCCAAGCGACUCAGGCUACAGCAGAGAAGAAUGGAACUACAGUACCUAAUGCAGAUUCAACAAAGGUUCAAAGUGCACCGAGUUCCGUUGGAGCGAGAGCCGGCGCUUAUAUUGGAAGCUGGACUUCUUGGGCAGACCAGAAGCGGAAGCAAGGAUGGGGCCGAUCAAGUAAUACUUCCAAUGGAACAGGAGGAGGAGGUGGUGGUUGGGGAUUUGGCGGACGCAAAUCGAGGUCUGGGAACACAGAUUCCAGCAGCGAAAAGAACACACCGUUAAGCAGUCCUGCACUUUCUUCACGUGGGUUUACCAGCAUGGAGAAGAUUCAAAUGUCAGAUGUACAGCAUCGAGCUAGCGAGGGCCAUGAGAGAAGGCCGCUUACGCAAGAUAGCUUUGACGAGAGCCUGCUCGAUGCUGCGGGCUCGGCUGACGAAAGCGGAUCUUCCAGUGCGGGCAGCCCACGAAAGAGCACCGCUCUAGAACGUAAUGGUAGGAAUCAAUACGCGAAACUCGACAGCGAUGACCAUGGUGAUAAUGCCAAGGUAGAUGAUACUGAAGAGAAGGAUGAUAUCAAAGAAGAUACUAAACGGGAGGAAUCCAAGGUAUCCGAAACUACUACGUAG